UCGACGACAGAUGAUGACGUAUGGGUGUUGUCCCGUUUCGUCGGGGCACGUUUUAAAACCCAUAGCUUUCUACUCUUUCGUGUUUUAAAAGUGAUACCCGAAGACGAAGUCUCGGUGUAAGAGGGAAAAUGAGACUGCGUGGACUCGUAGUUAGUUGUUGUUUUUUAGCAUUACAAUGCUCAUAGAGAAAGUUGUGUGCUAGCUAGCUAGCCUGGAAGGCUAGAUGUCCAAUUCCAAAAAAGGAAGUCUAAUUAUGUUCGAAGGUGAUGGCUAUGCCCGGGCAGUAAAGCAACUUUCGUUUUCUUAUGGAGCCAGUUAAGCUUAAUUUGAGGUGUUUAACGACUGGGGCUUUGGUCGAGUUUAUUCCAGGACGACCGUAGUAGUUACUUAGCUCGCUCGUUAGCCACUAUCUCUGAAAGAAUGAACCGAAAACAUAACCAAUUUAAAGGAGCAGAAGUCAGUUGCUGCGUGAAAUACUUCCUAUUCGGAUUCAACAUUAUUUUCUGGCUUUUGGGAGCAGCAUUCCUUGCCAUAGGCCUGUGGGCAUGGGCGGAGAAGGGAGUGCUGUCCAAUCUGUCAUCCAUCACAGAUCUUGGAGGUUUCGACCCUGUUUGGCUCUUCAUUGUUGUCGGCGGGGUCAUGUUCGUCUUGGGCUUUGCUGGCUGCAUUGGAGCGCUACGGGAGAACACGCUCCUGCUUAAAUUUUUCUCCGUGUUCCUGGGUUUGAUCUUCUUCUUAGAGCUCACCGCGGGAAUCCUCGCCUUCGUCUUUAAGGAUUGGAUCAAAGACCAGCUCAACUUUUUCAUUAACAACAAUAUCAAGGCUUACCGAGAUGACAUCGACUUGCAAAACCUCAUUGAUUUCGCCCAGGGAUAUUGGUCAUGCUGCGGUGCUAACGGACCCAACGACUGGAACUUGAACAUGUACUUCAACUGCACUGACCAGAAUCCCAGUAGGGAGCGCUGUGGUGUCCCCUUUUCUUGCUGUGUCAAAGACCCUGUGGGCGUCGUCAACAGGCAGUGUGGUUAUGAUGCUCGAAUAGAUUUAACGAUGCUGGAUCAACAUAAAACUAUCUAUACCAAAGGCUGUGUUGGACAGUUUGAAAAGUGGGUGCAGGACAACCUAAUUAUUGUUGCUAGCAGCUUUGUCGGGAUUGCACUUUUACAGAUUUUUGGAAUCUGCCUUGCUCAAAACCUUGUCAACGACAUCAAAGCUGUCAAAGCCAACUGGUGAUUGGGGAGGUGGCUUGAGAAGUCUUGUCCCUUCGAACCUUUGCAGCUCUCAAGGCAGUCAUCCUGUCUGAUGUGUAACUGUGCUGAGAGCUAAGUGGCACUUCAUACACAAAACUGUGCUCCCUGUUUAGUAGGUCAUAAACUCUUAGAACUGAACUUUUUCAAAACGAAACCUUGUUUUUCCUUUUCACCUGGGAUAUUAUGAAGAUCCUGGAUGAAGACCCUUUCGCUCUUUUCUUUUUCCUUUUUUUAUAAAUAUAUUUUUAAACAGUUUUUUUUUUUUUUUGCCUUUGACAAGUGUGUUUAUGUCAAGAUGUUGUUGCACAGAGAUCCUUGUCAGAUGGGAGGUUAGAAGCCAUGGAAGAAAAUAAUACAAACGGAAGCAACCUCUUCAUUUAGGUCAAGCGUACAUUGUCCAUUCUCACCCAUCACUGAACCCAUGGAUUACUCUGUUUUCAUUGGUGACCCUUGUUGGCCUUGGCUGGUCACGCCUGACACUUUCGAUGUUUCAGGACAUGUUCAGUCCGAGUGGAAAUGUAAAAAGUGCCAUUAAUUUUCAGUGAUUGUCCUCCUGUAUGCAACAAGCCCACAAUACCUCAGGGCAUGUCUUAAAAUUGAUUGUGUCGGCCUUGUUUAAAAUGUUUCUCUUUCCGUCCACAACUCCGAUGAUGGACGUACUUUAUGCAAAGAGAAUUCAAUUUAUGAACUGGUAAUAGGAUGGGGAAAGUCACGAUAGCUACCAUACUUUGUUUUUCUCACAGCAUUCUUCAGGCACAUAGGAUUGCUGGAUUGGGGCCUUUUAACCACAAUUGUCUUAUGCUUAAAUUCUAUCAUCACUUAUGUGUUUUGGCAUUUAUUUACUUAUUUCAUAUAGAUUAUAUAAAGAUUUUAAAGCACGUGGGAACUGGCUCUAUUUCAGUCUGACCAAAUAUUGCCCAUAAGCAAAGGUUUUACACUUUUUAUUUUUUAGAAAGAUAAUAUAGCGUUUUUAGAUAUGCAGAAUGUGAAUUUACUAUCCCUUUUAAUUUAGGGAAGUAUCAGUUUACAGGAAAAAAGGAAAAAUAUAGUUGUAACAAGAUAAACCAGAUUGCAUGGAUUAUAAAUCCAUGCGGUCAUGUCAAUUUGCUUGGAUUGCUUUUCAAUAUACUUGGAAAUAUGUUACGUUUCAACAUCGUCGUUAUAAUAUGAAUGAUGCUUGAACAUGAACUACAUUAUUUUGGAGAAGAAUGCAGUACAAUGCUCCUAUUGUCAUUUUAUCAUGUUAUUGGCCAAAGGCUAAUGAAUUAUUCAAUUGUGUUUCAUUUUGCACCUCACCUAUUUGUCUUGUUUUAUCUUGACAAGAGCUGCUCGUUUAACCCUUUAAAGGGCAAAUGACUAUUUUUUGUAAUUAAAAAAAAAAUCACCCUUAAACACCUGGUAUCCAAAUGUAUAGAUGUCAUAUUUUCAGUCAUGUAGACCGCAAAAAUAAACAUUUGGUAUACAAGUGUGGCCUGUAUGACUUAAAAUGUGAUGUCCACAUAAGCAGACACCAGUUUUAAAUGGUAAUUAUAGUAUUUUGAAUUAUUAAUCAUUAUGGUCAUUUUGAAAUAUAAUUUUGUAUACAUUUUUUACAAAUACAUCAAAUUAUAAAUCAAUAAAAUGUUUAUUUAAAACUAAUAAAAACUAGUGAAGCUCUCUGAGAGAGCCGUUGAGUUACAUAGGCUAAUCCAGGGGUCUGCAAACCGAAACCUUACAACUGAUCCAGCACAGGCAGUUUAACCAAUGAGAGGUCUGGGGAAACAAGCGCCUGACUGCAAUGAACUGAUAGCAUUUGUAAGACAACAGAUUGCAAGGCUUCUAAUUAUGCCUUUAUUCAUUUUUGAGUUAUCUUAAAAACAUACAAACAUGGAUAUAGAUAAAAAAUACAAAAUCUCCACCUUCUGUAAAUUAUACACUCUGGUGGAGGUAAUUGAAAUGAACAAAAAUAGAAAUAUACUUUGGUUAUGGUCCCGAAUAAAACUCUAAAAUUGAUUUUUAAAUUUGUCAUUUCCAUACUUUAUUCCAUAGUAUUUAAUUUAUUGCCUGCUAUUGACAAGGACGGACAUCCAAUGAAUUUAAACUGGAAGGACUGGCUGCGAAUGCUGAUCUUUGCUCAUCCAUUCUGACUGCCUGCCUCUUCCUGUCUAAAUACAUUCGACGUCUAGCACCAUUAAUGGCAGCCAAUAAGUUAAACGACAGCCCUAUAAAGGGUUAAUGUGACGAGCAGCAUCUUGUCUCGCCUGUCAGCAGAAUCAUCUUGCUGCAUAGAUUGUCAUCAUAGCGAGAUGUCUAUGUCUCUUUCCAACUGAUGCAGCGCACUGUCACCAUGUUGGUGGGAUGCACUCUACUAAAGCCCCUCAAAAAGAAAAAAAAAACAUGAAAGAUGAGCUGCCUUCAUAAUCUGGGAACAGCACACCAACGUUUUUUUUACCUAAGAAAUACGUAUAUGGAAUUUCACUCUGUCACAGCGUGUGAUCUCAAGCAGUGUGUACAUGUCACAUGGCGCGCUCGCCUACGUACCUGUGUUUGGUAGCCUGUCAUCCAGAUGUAUUUUUACACGGUCUGUUUGAACAACAAGACACACGGCAAGUUGUUUUCAAACUAUAUUCUUCAACUAGCUAUUUUUCUCAGUACUGCGAAUGAUGUGUUUUAGUUGUUAUCAGUGGGUGAGCAUGAAAAAAACAUCGAUUUGCCUUUAAACCCGAUGUAGAAUUAUUUACAGCGUCAAACGCAGCUUGUCGCUCACCAAAUUAUGCAGCAUUUGCCUGAUGUGACAGUUGUCUUUACUUUCAAUAUCCACAACAGAUCAGCACCCCCCACCCCUGCCAGCCUCUCGCAUUUGAUCCCUUAAGUUUCCGUUUACACACAAUGAAAUAAAUCAUGAGUCACUUUGUUAAGAACACUUGAAUGUGAGUGUUUGCUCACUGCUGGAAACACACGGUGCCAUGCUUGAGUGUGGUGGGAGUUAGCGGGUACCUGUACAAAAAGCAGAACGUUUUGGGAAUGCUUACCUUUGAUAAAUAAGAAAGAUGUGGUUGGUCUAGCAAACAGGGCUGCAAUGAUCUCACUGGAUAGAUAAUGGGCCCGUUUACCUUUCAGCCAUUUGUUUGUUCUUCAGUUUUGGGGAGAAAACGAGCCUGUUUCGAAUUUUUCUUUUCAUAUGUGUGAACAAAAAAAUGGGAAAUGAUUCAUCUUCCAUUUUUUGAUUCAUAAUUGAUAGUUGGAAAAUGGAAAACAAGCCUUACAUAAACCUUACAGAAGAAGAAAAAUGAAAAGCCGAAAGGUACACAGACCAUAAUGCCAUAUUACGUACAUUGUAGCAGCGAUUCUUGAAUCCUCAAAAAUUGUCGAUGACUUAAGCCUGAGUUAUGCACCUGCGUUGCGGUGACGGCGAAGUGACUACGGCGUCAAUGAGCAUUCAAUAGUUCUGCGGUGAGGGAACGCGUUGCUCUGUAAUUCACCACCAAGCCACUAGAGGGGUGUGGCGUUAUGUUUGUACGGUUUUGGGGCAAGCUUGUUGACUUCCGCUAGUCGAGUUUAACGGAGAAAAAAUAAACAAUGCAAGAUGGAACGCUUGAAUGUAAAUCUUCAGCUCAUCACCAUUGAAUAAAUGUUGAUCAUACAAAUGUUGAGGGGCAAGCGACGCAGAAGAUGCUUUCGAGGCGGUCUGGUCGACUUUUGAUGCCGCACAGAGAGUUCUAGACUCGGGUGGAGACCAGCAAUCUGUGGCGGCUAGCUUCAAACUGGUGUCGAGCACUGCGUCCAGUGUUUUGUUCGAGGUCUGCAAAGCCCUCCGACCCGAUUUGUUUGCCUGGUUAUACUACCAGCCAGUGGGAAGCCAUAGUAGAUUUCUGGGUCCAUGGAAUUUCCCAAACUGCGUUGGAAGCCUUGAUGUUAAAGUUAUCAUAAAAGCACCGAGGCACUCUCAAUCAGUGAUGAUGUAACUUGUUUGAACUGUCUGUUGUUGAAAAUUAAACAUCAAAACAACUCUUUUGGCACCAAACAUGUGCUUUAUUCUUCAGAUAUUUGAAGUGUGACUCGUAAAUAAGUUACAGACUCACAGCAAACAUAUGUACACAAUAAAUGAUGAAGUACACCAACCAAAAAUGUGACAUAAAAUGAUAAAAAGCUGGCAGUUUUUGGCUGACUGGGUCACCGUUUCGUGUGGCCACUCGAUUCCGAACACACUCGUCUCGGUGGUUCUUCCAUUUUUUUUUUUAAUUCAAUCGCUGACCUUGCCAUUUGGCAAUCUUUAUGAUGUCUUGACGAGACUUGCUCUUCGAUGAUACUCCCGUAGGCAUGGUCCAUUUUUGCGUGUUGAAAAAGGUUUGAUUCUAUUUUAUAAUGGUGGUGAUUUCACGCUGAACCGGAAACAACAGGCUGAGCGGACCAAUCACAGUCCAUUUCCACCAUGUCAUAUGCGUCGACGCGACGCUAGGGUUUGAAAAUUCAAUAACACGUCAGGCUACGGCGCAGGGUCGUAAAUCGGGUCUUCCUUGACGGCGCAGGUCUGACGCGGAAGAAUAACUCGGCCUUUAAGGGGCUGUUUGCUUUUGCUUCACGGCAACCUCAUAGCUACGGCGUCGGCUGUGUACCCUGCUUGGACCCUACGCCGUAGGCUGACGUGGACCUCCCAAAAAUCCUGACUACGCGUCAUGGUAAUGCGUUUCGACGUGAACGGCAAGGACUGUGACUGGUCCACACAAAACGUCAUUUGUCAAAUUGUUGUCAUAGCGAAAAAGAAAUGGACCAGGUCAAGGAAAGAAUCAUCGAGGAAGUAAGGAAAUAAAGCCACCUUGAAACACUACAAGGGCUGCUAAAUGGCAAACAAUUCGUGGCGAGGAAUCACUGAAAACACUGGGCUGGAGGUCGCAGAGUGUAUGAAAAUGUGGAAGAGCAUUUUCAACAUUUGUAGUAUAAGUUUGUUUUUUUUUUAUUUCGAUGAAAUUCCAGUUCAGGAAACGGCUGCUCGUCCGUCUCUGACAUUAAAGAAGCAGAGUACAAUGUGAAGCCCCGCGAAACCACACAAAGAAUAAGGAUACAUCUCCUAGUGGUUGGACGGCGCACUAUGCAGAGCUUCAAAUGCUCAUCGACGGCGUAGGGUUGACACCAUAGCUAUUGGCCAUUGGCCUGACGCAGAAGCAUAAACCAUGCAUUAAUUUGUAUGCCUUUUAAAGUAGGGUUGGAGAACAAAAGCGCUUUCUAUUUUGUCUUUUUAUUAUAAUGGCCUUGCAUGAACUUGUGAAUUUCCCAGCUUUCUCAAUGGGCAUUUAAAUCAAUCUCACGGACGUGUCUUGUAUAUCCCAUGAAUGGUCAAAGUGGGAAACAGCAUGGACCUAGUACACGCUCUUCUUACCACAAGUUAGCUUUAUGCAGUACACUGCACAAAUGAGGAAUGUGAAUCAUCAAUGAUGCUUUUUUGUUGCUAUCAGUUUUUCUGUGUAAAAUAAAUUGAACAUUCCAUUUCUUGCGUUUUUUGGCAUUGACAGUCAAAGAAGUCAUUGUCAUCCCACGCUUAAGUCUCUCUUCAGGCAACCAGUUGCUGGAAACCGUAGCAACAUCAUCAGAGGUGAUGUACCUCCGGAGGGAUUGUCUGGGCCACUUUCUGGCUAUUGUGAUUGUUGUUAACAGAAAUGCGUUAGUUCUCACUGCAACACUGCAUCAGUUAUCAAAUGCGCUAUUUGGAAUUCUUUCCACCUCAUGAUGGUUUUUUAAAUUAGACAAGAUGUGUUCGACCAUAAAUCUUUUUGCCUUGCAGAAACCACUGAAUAUUCCAAACGGCUUGGGUGAUGAUGGCCUAAUAAAGAAAUCCUAUCAGUCAAUAUGAAAACUGUGGGACAUGGUCUGUUACACUGUAUAAUGUGUUGAAAUAUGCUUCUUUCAUAUAUUAAAGGAUUUAUAUCAUAACACCUACCUUUUGUCUUAUUGUAAUACACCCAUCCAGGGAUCAAUUCUCAUGUGCUUUACUAUUUCACUGGAUUUGCACCGUCACUGUUUUUUCGCAUCGUAAUUACAUUAUAACCAGUCACACCAUUAGCUACACUUGAACAAUCAGAGGGUUCAUCACAAUAAACAUUUUUGGCCUUUGGGACUCUAUAGGCAGCUGAUUAGUUCCGGCUGGCUCAGCGGAAACAAGCUCUGGUGUGGUCACAAAUCCAAAAACCCAGGUGUUUUCUUUGAGGUCAUUGGGAGUGUU